AUGAUUGCACCCGAAACGAACCCCAGUCCCAGCGGCGACAUAGCCAUUGUUGGUAUCGGACUGAGAUUACCGGGCGGGUGUCACGAUGCCGAAUCAUAUUGGGACUUGCUUGUCCACCAGAGGGACGCAAGAAAACCCAUCCCUCCGGAGCGUUUCAAUGCCGACGGCUUCCACAAGAAUGCUGCGGGGGCCGGGAGCUUGUCCAUGAAGCAUGGUUACUUCCUGGAUGAGCCGGUGGAUCGCUUCGAUGCCGCCUUUUUCAGCAUGUCACAGGCCGAGGUGGCCCGGGUCGACCCCCAGCAACGACUACUUCUCGAGGUGAUGCAUGAAGCGCUCGAGAACUCGGGCGAGACCGACUGGCGGGGGACCGACAUCGCUGUCUAUGCAGGCAGCUUCGGUCAAGAUUGGCUCCAGAUGCAGGCCCGAGACCUGCAAGAUGGAAAUGUCUACGGCAUCACAGGAAUGGAUGACUUCGUUCUCGCCAACCGUGUAUCAUACGAAUUCGACCUUCGUGGGCCCAGCAUGACCGUCAAAGCGGGCUGCUCUUCCAGUUUGAUUGCCUUACACCUGGCCUGCGAGUCGUUACAACGCGGCGACUGUUCCGGCGCGCUCGUGGGCGCAUCUAACCUCCUCUUGUCACCUGAAUACUUCCUAGCGUUAGACAAUCUCGGGGCCCUGUCCGCCGACGGUUCAUCCAACACGUUCGAUGCCCACGCCAACGGUUAUGCGCGUGCAGACGCCGUGAAUGCGAUAUACGUGAAACGGCUGGACGACGCACUGCGAGACGGAAACCCUAUUCGCGCUGUCGUUCGCAGUACGGCGGUCAACGCCGACGGCAAAACCGUUGGUUUGACAAACCCGAGUCCUGAAGCGCAAGCCAGCUUGAUUCGACGAGCAUAUGAUAAGGCGGGCAUUAGCAACCCGGGGGACACACCGAUGGUAGAAUGCCACGGCACUGGAACAGCAACCGGUGAUCCCCUCGAAGUGGCCGCGGUGGUACAGGUGUUUGGUGACCAGGGGACAUAUAUUGGCAGUGUUAAACCCAACAUUGGCCACGGAGAAGGAGCGGCUGGCUUGAGCAGUCUAAUUAAGGCCGUCCUUGCUCUAGAGCGACAGAUGAUCCCACCAAACAUCAAGUUCAAGACUCCCAAUCCCAAAAUUCCAUUCCACGAAAGAAGACUGACCGUUCCUGUCAAAGCCACACCUUGGCCAAAAGGGCGCAGUAAGAGAAUCAGUGUUGAUUCAUUUGGUCUCGGGGGAGCAAAUGCCCACGUCAUUCUCGAAGCUGGUCCUUCUGCCUCCCCUACCAACGGGUCUGUCCAUGUGAAUGGAGACAAGACCUUGCCCCAGCGGCUACUUGUCUUUUCCGCGCAUAGUGAGGGAUCCCUCACGCAGAUGCUAUCUAAUUAUCAGGGCUUUUUGGAGUCCGAAUCUGUUCGCAUUCCCGAUCUGGCAUACACCCUGGGCGCAAGACGCCAUCACCAGACGAUGAGGACGUUUUGCGUGUCCGACGGCCAGGCGCUCGAGCCCGUGCCGGCAGUCCGAGUUUCUGGGUCCAAAGGCCUCCUUUUUGUGUUUACGGGCCAAGGAGCACAAUGGCCUGGGAUGGGUCGGGAGCUUAUUAAAGACUUCCCUUCAUUCAAAGAAGACAUUCAACAAAUGGAUCGAUGGCUUUCAAAGAUAGUAGAAGCGCCAUCGUGGAAGAUUGAAGACGUGCUGCUCAACGCCCAGGAUAUCCAUUCGGCUGAAUAUGCGCAGCCCCUAUGUACUGCCAUCCAGGUUGCUCUGGUCAAUUUACUCCGUAGAUGGGAUGUACAUCCAGCGGGAGUGGUGGGCCACUCGAGUGGCGAAAUUGCCGCGGCGUAUGCUGCCGGCGCAAUUGACAUGAGGGAUGCUAUUCUCGUGGCGUUCUAUCGCGGCGUGGCCAGCAUGCAUCAACGUCGACCGGGCGCUAUGGCAGCCGUUGGUUUGGGUCGACAUGAAGUCACCGACAUACUCUCUAAGGGCACGACUAUUGCCUGUGAGAAUAGCCGCUCCAGUGUAACCAUCUCGGGUGAUCUCGCUGCUGUAGAAGAGACCCUAGAGAGGGUACGCUCUCAUAGACCUGAAGCCUUGGCUAGGAAACUGCGUGUCGACAGGGCCUAUCACUCGGAUCAUAUGCAAACUGUUGGGUCUUGCUAUGAAGGCUUGAUUGCAUCGAUCAAAACCUCCCCGGAAACUCUUUCUAUUCCUUUCUUCUCCAGCGUCACCGGUGAAACCACCUAUGAGGCUGACCUGCUCGGUCCAUCGUACUGGAGGGCAAACAUGGAAAAUCCGGUUUUGUUCCUGGCUGCCGUGGAGAGUGCGCUCCAAGUAGAGCAGCGAUUCAGUAUGGCUUUGGAGAUUGGCCCUCAUGCCGCUUUAUCCGGGCCGUUCCGCCAGAUCUGCAAAGAGCUGGAUCAAACCAUCUCCUAUACCAGCUGUCUAAGCAGAGGAACAGAAGGCACGCAUACCAUUCUCACGGCUGCCGGGCAACUGUAUUGCCAUGGACUGUCACUGGACUUCGCAGCGAUGAAUCCCGAGGGGACCACAUUAUCGAAUCUUCCCCCAUAUCCCUGGACCCACGAUGCAUCCUACUGGAACGAGAGCCGGAUCUCUCGUGAAUUGCGCACCAGGGAGUUUCCCGAACAUGACCUAUUAGGCGCUCGGACCGUUGGAGGGAAUGACCUGGAGCCGAGCUGGAGAAAACUCCUGCAACUCAAAGAUGUACCCUGGCUUUCUGACCAUGUUGUGGCUGACGACGUAGUGUUCCCUGCCGCCGGGUAUGUGGCCAUGGCCGGUGAAGCUAUCAGACAGCUCUCGGGCUCGACUGAUUUCACGCUUCGCUCGCUCUCCAUCGGGUCCGCCCUGCUUCUCCAGAGUUCUCGAUCAACUGAGAUCAUUACCCGGCUGCAGCCCCAUAGACUUACUACGAACCAAGAUUCUUCUUGGUUUGACUUUACAGUCCUGUCGUAUGACGGGAGCAAGUGGACGAGACACUGCAACGGCGAAGUCCACGCCGGAAAGGCCUCAACAUCUUUCCCUAGAGAGUGCACGUCUUUAGCGACGAAUGGUACCCGCGAGGUGGAUGCCACCAAAUGGUAUCAUGCGGCCAAGACGGCCGGUUUGGAGUAUGGACCUGCAUUUCAGGGACUGCAGAACAUCUCUUACAGCAUCGCACAGAAUAAAGUAUCGGCUACUGUCCAACCAUCUCAGAAGUCACCCUUCACAUUUCACCCCACUACGGUGGAUCAAUUUCUGCAAUGCUGCAUUCUCGGCUCGGUCCAUGGUCACCUGCGGCUCAUGAACAAGCUCGUCCUCCCGGUUCACAUCGAGGAGAUUUACAUUGGACAUGGCGGUCAUUUGGAAGAUCUCCAAUGUGAGACACAGACCGUGUCUUCCGGCGCUGACAUGGUAUCGGCCAUUGGGCACUUUCAGGCUGCGGAUGGAUCCCAGAUUAUGCAGGCCAAAGGAGUCGAGUUCCGUGUUCUCGAUAACCACGUUACCGACGAUGCUUUGCAGGAGCUAAGACUACUUCAGUGGCGACCAGAUGUUGAUCUUGUUGAUCUCGAUCAAGUGGUCCACCAAACCACGGACUUGAGUAGCUGUCUCGAGCUUGUCGAACGCUUGAACAUUCUCUGUGUGUUAGAGACUACGAGAAAGUUGAAGUCUCUAGAUUCAUCGUUGCAUCACUUCCAACGUUUCAAGGAAUGGAAUGAGCAGUAUGUAGCCAACAUUCAGCGAGAGGGCAGCAAGGUGGUGCGAGAUACCGACCGACUCUUCCACCUUAGCUCACAAGAGUGUGAAUCCUCAAUUGAGGAGCUUAAAGCAGCCGCCCUGGAGACGCCGGCACGCGACAUUGCACUCGCAGUCACGAGAAUUUAUGAUGAUGUUGAGAAUAUCUUCACCGGUGCUGCAGAGCCUCUUGCAAUCCUCCUUAAAGACAACCUGCUCAUAGAAAUCUACAACUUCUUCAACAUGCUAGACCACCAGAAAUUUUUCGAAUUGCUGGGCCAUAGCAACAAGGCUCUGCGCAUUCUUGAGAUCGGAGCUGGUACCGGAGGUUUCACCUCAACGAUCGUUCCGGCUCUGACUAUGUCUGGCGGUGGAUGUUCCUUCGGCACUUACACAUAUACGGACAUCUCAUCUGGCUUCUUCAAGGCCGCCAAGGAGCGUUUCGGCGAGCACCCAGGGAUUGAAUACGUUGUCCUCGAUAUCAGUCAAGAUCCCGCGACGCAGGGCCUGGAGCUUCACAGCUAUGAUCUUGUUGUUGCUGCAAACGUGCUUCAUGCUACUCCAGAUCUCUUACAGACCAUGAAGAACUGCCGAUCUCUUCUCCGACCGGGCGGCCGCAUCUUCAUGCUUGAACUAUGCUCGGAGGCUAAAUGGGUGAAUUAUAUAAUGGGCACGCUUUCUGGCUGGUGGCUGGGAGAGGGCGACGGCCGUCCCGACGAGCCGUAUAUUCAAGCUUCUCAAUGGAACGGCAUCUUGCAGAAGGCUGGUUUCAAUGGCGUAUCCUCUGUAAUGGACCAAGCAGCUCCUUUCCAACUCGACAAUAUUAUCAUGGCCCAAGCCAUUGAAGAAGAGGUCUCUUCGUACAAACCGCUGAGCCUCCUUGUAACCGAUCCGACCACAGUGACAGGAGCGGUGAAGGAGUUGACGUCGCAGUUUCACGCUGAAGGUCUGUCGGAAAAGGACUUUCGCGCUCUCAUUCGCUUCAUUACCCAUUCUCACAGCAAUAAGAUUCUUUGGGUGACGGGACUGGCUCAAUUGGCUGUCGAUAACCCCUACUUCGCGAUGGUUUUGGGUUUUGCAAGGUCCCUUCGACUAGAACUGGGAACUCUCUUUGCUACUUUAGAAAUCGAAAGCAUUGGCGAAUCGUCUCCGUGGGCGUCGGUUGUGCAAGUGUUUAACAAGAUCCAAAGCCAGCCAAGGCAAACGCUGGACUGCGAGUACGCUCUGCUGGGUGGCACCGUCCAAGUGCCGCGGUUCAUUACCAAGAAGAGCGAUGAUGUACUUUCCCUGCCUGUCGACAAAUCGUCUUGGAAGCUGGGUCUUGCCAAGCCAGGGCUUCUCAGCAGCCUCCAGUGGUUACGAGACUCCCGAGAUUUGCCGUUGCAAGGGGCGGAAGUGGAAAUUGCAGUGCGAGCUUCUUCAGUCAAUUAUCAGGAUGUCCUUAUCGCAACCGGCGCGGUACACAGCAACCGCGGGUUGGGGCUAGAAAGCGCAGGCCUCAUAACCAGCGUCGGAGAACUGGUGGAUAAACAAGAUUUCCAAGUGGGCGACCGCGUGCUCUGCUGGUCUCCAGGUUCUUUGGCAACCCACGUGCGGGCUGAUGCGAAACGGUGCAUCAAGAUCCCAAACGGCCUAUCGUUUGAAGAGGCAGUCGCCCUGCCCAGCACGCACGCCACGAUGAUUCGCGGCCUUGUGGAAAUUGGUGGUUUGGCUUCCGGCGAUACAGUCUUGGUUCACUCGGCUGCGGACGCGAUGGGAAUCGCUGCAAUUCAGGUUGCUCAUACCAGAGGAGCCCAAAUUUACGCGACCGCUGCAACCGAGGAAGAGAAACAGUUCCUAACGACUGAACACGGAGUUCCAGAAUCGAAUAUCUUCUCUUCUCAGGACAGCUCCUUUGUCACAGACAUCAUGCAAAACACAGAAUCUCGCGGUGUAGAUGUCGUGGUCAAUUCUCUGUCGGGCGAGCUGCUCCACCAGAGCUGGAAAUGCGUCGCUGAGGGCGGUAAUAUGAUCGACUUGGGUGGAAGGGACAUGGCGGGUCAUGGAAAGCUCGACAUGGCCAUGUUCGAGGGGAACAGAGGCUUUCACGGUAUCGAUACAGCUGCUCUGCUCUCUCUGAAGCCUACGCUGGGUCGCCGGCUUUUGGAGGCUACUUUCAAGUUGUACGCAGACGGUUUAAUCAAACCAGUGUCUCCUGUCAAUCGGUUCAGUCCCGGCGAAAUCAAACUCGCAUUUCAUCAGUUCCAAGGCAAUCGACCGAUCGGUGCCGUAUGCGUCGAAUUCCCAGAUAAACCGCAGGCGCUUCCCUAUGAGACCAACGCGGGCCAGGCUCGCUUCCGCAAGGAUCGCUCCUACGUCCUUAUCGGCGGCCUGGGAGGUUUGGGAAGAUCCACCGCCGUAUGGCUGGCCGAACGCGGUGCCGGUUCGAUCGUGUUCAUGUCUCGAUCGGCCUCUCCUAGUGCCGAAAGCGAGAAGUUGACGCGAGAGCUAAAUGAACUUGGAUGCCAGGUGCAAAUCUUCCCCGGGAGCGUGACAGAUGCCACGACGGUCGAUUUUCUGGUCACGAAUACGGCAAAGCCGAUUGCCGGCGUGCUGCACCUGGCGCUUGUGUUGAAGGACGAACCUCUCUUAGAGAUGUCUUUCGACAGCUGGACCGCCGCGACGGAGGCCAAGGUGCAGGGUACCUGGAAUCUGCACCACGCCUUAAAGGACCAGCCGCUAGAAUUCUUUGUCCUUCUCAGUUCCAUCUACGGCGUACAAGGAAACCCAAAGCAAGCCAAUUACGCCGCUGCCAGCACCUUCCUCGACUCCUUCGUCCAAUUCCGACAGCGGCAAGGCCUCCCAGCUUCGGUCAUCGACCUCGGCGUGAUGGAGGACAUCGGGUUCGUCAGCCAGCACCCGACCAUCCUCGAGAAUCUGCGACGCGCCGGGGCCCGACUGAUCCGGGAGAAUGACUUCCUUGGAUCCUUGCAGUUGGCCAUCCGAGCUUCGUCCGAGGCUCCGCCCGCGCCGCCGUCGCUCUCCUCCACUUAUGUCAAUCCCGCUCAAUUCGUCGUCGGAUUGGGCCAACAUCCUCCCGAUGCGCGUGGCCUGGGCCUGAAGACCGAAGUAGUCAGUCAAGGGGGUGAGCAUGCGCAGGACGCGCCCGGAGACGACGGAGACACGCUGCGGCGGUUCGUAGAGAGUGCAAAGCGGGAUCCCAGCGCCCUAGACGACGAAGCGGCCGUGGCCGAGUUCUUCGCUUCGCACGUGGCCGAGUGCCUCAAGACGCUGCUGAUUUUUAGCGAUAACUCCAACCUGGACCUCAAUCUGGGACUCGCCGAACUCGGUGUUGAUUCGCUGAUCGCUAUCGAGCUGCAGACCUGGUGGAUCCAAAACUUUGCGGCGCACGUAACAAUUCUGGAAUUGACGACAAGUGACUCGAUCAUUGAGCUCGGAAAGCUGGCAAGGUCGCGAAUGCUGGAUGGCUUGAGUGGUUAG